AUGUGGAAUGAGAAAUCGCAGACCGACAAUGUCGACCUGGAGGACAAUAAACCCGCAGCCGACAGGGACCUUGAAAACAACGACAACAGCCGGUCAAGGGUUGCCGAACAGCCAUUGUCGCAAAAUUCCAACGAUGACGGCAACGACAGCGACGCCGAGAGCGUGGGCGGACAGCGCAGCGCCAUGACGACGCGCCAGCUGCUGCUUGCCUUUCCCGCCCUCUCAAUCUCGCUAUUCGUCUCCUUCAUCGACCAGACCAGCGUAUCAACCGCGAUACCCGCCAUCGCUGAGGACCUCGACACGGGCGCCGCCACGUCGUGGAUCGGGGCUUCAUUCCUCAUCGCCUCGACGGCGUUUCAACUGAUCAACGGCCGUCUCUCCGACAUCUUUGGGCGCAAGAAUUUGCUCCUUGUGUGUCUGUGCCUCAUGGGCCUGGGCGACCUGCUCUGCGGCUUUGCAAAGACCAAGGAGCAGCUGUUUGCCUUUCGUGCCAUUGCCGGUGUCGGCGGCGGCGGCAUCAACAGCAUCGUCAUGAUUAUCGUCAGCGACGUCACCACGCUCGAGAACCGCGGCAAGUACCAGGGCAUUCUUGGUGCCAUGAUAUCUCUCGCCAACGGCGUCGGUCCCUUCAUCGGCGGAGUGGUGGUUGAAAAGGCCAACUGGCGCUGGGUGUUUUGGAUGGUGCCGCUCCUCGCCGCCCCUACCGCUGUCGUCAUUUUCUUCUUCCUCACCCUGAGACACCACGACGGCAGCACCUACUUUGAAAGAAUCAAGCGCAUCGACCACGGCGGCAUCGUGCUGAACCUGGCAUCGGUGCUUUUGGUUCUGAUUCCCCUCUCAGGAGGAGGUGUCACCUAUGCCUGGUCGUCGCCGUUCCUGAUCGGAACUCUCAUCGCAGGAUGUGUCCUCGCCGUGGCCUUUGUGCUGUACGAAUGGAAGGUCGCCGCGAUGCCAAUCAUGCCGCUGCGACUCUACCGUUACCCACAUUGCUCCUACCUGUACGCGCAGACCUUCCUCACGGGCCUAGCGUACUAUGGUGCCUUCUUCUACCUACCCAUCUACUUCCAAUCCGUGCUCGGCAACGGGGCUCUCCUUUCGGGUGUCCUCCUUCUGAGUCUCGUCAUCACCUCGUCCUUCUCCUCCAUCCUCUCUGGCUUCUUCAUGGCGCGCAAGGGCCGCUACAUGCCGUGCAUCCUGGUCGGCUUCGUCGUGUGGACGCUGGGAAACGGCCUGACGCUGACGUUUGACCGGUCGACCGUCGUGGGGGCGCUCGUCGGCAUACUGAUAGUGCAGGGGUUCGGCACGGGGCUGACGCUGCAGCCGACGCUGGUCGGCAUGUACGCCAACUCGGCCAACCGGGACCGCGCCGUGACCACUGGCCUGCGCAACUUCAUCCGCACCAUCGGUGGCGCCUUUGGGCUCGUCAUCUCGGGCGCCAUCCUCAACAACACGCUCAAGCAGGAGCUAUCGGGCCGACCAGGGUUCUCCGAAGAGGCCAUUGCGAGCCUGACUUCCUCCGCUUACACCAUCGACGCUCUAGGCUUGUCGGGGGAGGAUGUGGACCUCGUCUUGACGGUGUACAUGCGCGGGCUGCAUUACAUUUUCAUCUUUUUCACAGUGUGCUCCGCACUGAGUCUAUUGUUGACCUUUGGUGUGGGUAAUACGGACCUCAAGGCCAAGGCAAAGACUCAGGCAGAUGGGGGCGAAAAGUCGGAACAGCAGGCGGAGACCACUCCGACCUCUACACCGGCCUCACGAUCCAGCAGUUCUCUAGACCAAUCCCGGAGGUGA